AGUCUCUUCUAUGUCCAAACAAAAAUAAGCUGAGAGCUGCUGGCUGGCAUUUAUAAACAUCCAGCUGAUAGACUGGUAGUACACCCAUUUUUAUACGCGAACAGCACGGACAUAUACCGAAAGGAUAACCACCACACAAGACGAACAGAACAAUAAACAGCUUCCAGCAAAAUGUCCACUAAUUUUCGCUAUACAGUAGUCAAAACAAUACGACCUUAUGUGAAAUUCUUUCCACAACUAACCAAGCCUGUGAUGCGGGUUCUCAUCCAAGUGUCGGUGCACUAUAUCGAGAGCAGUAAGUGUUCGCCCGAGGUAUUGGAUUUGGCUCUGAAUAAACUGACACACGCCGGCCACCCGAUACCAGAAAAUUUCUGUGAGCUGUUCGCAGCCAUAUUACAGAUAAUGCAAAUAUUUCUACGGACUCCAGUUAAGCCAGAGGAAUUAAGGGACUGUUUGAAACAGGACUUAAGAUUCAGUGACGAAUGCGUUGAAGAUUUGGCCAAAGUUUUGCACAAUCAUCGCUCAUCAUUAACCAAGAACUAUGUGGAGGCCAAACAGUUGCGGUCAUGUGCCAAAAAUCUGCAGUGGCGCAUCAAUAUAUCCCUGAGUAUACCACGGGGCCCCUCAUCCGCAGGCAACAAAAAACCAACUGGCAGUGAUGGCGAGAGGGGAGGUGCUGUUGUAACACCUACCAUCAUUCUACAUUUCCAGUUAUCAGACGGUCGCUACCGGACCCUUGAACUGCCAUUGGCGAUGUUUCAUCGUCUGCGGUACAAUGUCGCCGUCUUGCUUAGCGAAAUGCAAUCCUUGCAGCAGCGUGCGGUAAUGAAAAAAUUCUAAACCGCCGCCUUAUUUGCAAACAUAAUGUCCAAGUGUGUGAAUGUGUUUGUCUACCUGGCUGUGAGGAGGAUAUAGCCGUAAAAAAUGCGAAUUGCCUAUGUGUGAGUGUGGGUAUACAUUUGCACACCAACACACGCAUAAACAUCCAUCUUUAUAUACCCUAAAGACAUUCCUUGCAUACUCUUUUGGAUCAUCUCCAAGAAAAGGAAAGGAAGAAAAUGAACAUUGAAAACAAAAACUAAUAUUAAAUGUUUCCAUGUAUGGCACUCAACCACAAAAGCACUUGGCAAAUACUUGUUGUGUGUGCUUAAAAGUUGAAAAAGAUACUUUAGCCUCGAUACCCUACACCUAACCAGCGAUCAUGUACAUAUUGGCAGUCAGUACGAUGUGGGAUGUUCUUUGUUUUAUAUCGGAAUUUUUGUUACAUAAAAAAGAGCUCAAAAUAGUUUAUGAAGAAAAAUGCUAAAAGCUGAAUUCCGUGCCAAAUUAGAUUGAAUUUUAUCUGUUUGUUGUUUAAUUUUUAUGUUUUCAAAAGAAAAACGUCCGUAUUUAUAUUUGUAGCUUUUACAGCGACCGUAAAUUAAAAUUAGGUUCAAUAUAGCCUUUGCUUUUAAAGAGGAAUUUCUGUAAGAAAAGCCCUAAUUUUUUGUAAGAAUUACUCAGUUGUUAAAAAUAAACAAAGUCAAAUUUUAAUGGUGUAGGGUUUCUUUGUUGUCGCUUCAUGCCGGUGUUUUUUGAAAAAUGUUCUACUGCAAUGUCGUUGUUUAAUUCAUAUGUCAUGCCAACACACGUGCACCGCCCGUAAUAUACGGAAGGAUGCGUGCUGCUACCGGCAUGUUCAUACAUACAUAUAGAUACUCAUAUAGCUGUGUGCUUGCGCUAUUCAUAUGUCAAUGUCUCGUUGUGUGUAAAAGCUUUUUAUAAUCUAAAUAAUGAAAUAGAAAGCGUAUAGUUAUAAACAAUUAUAUUUGUAAUCGUAAUUACGAUAAUUAUUAUAGUCGAGUGAUUAUUAGUCUAAAUGUCCUUGUUGGUUGUUAAAGUUUACACAGUUCGUAUUUUUUUGGGGAAAAUGUUAUUUAUUGGUAAUUAAAUUACUCUUAUAAAAAGAAA